ACAGAGAUUCCCGUUUCCUCAACGUAUACAUGCCUCCCCGACCGUCACAAGUCACCACCCCAUUUCGCGGCAAAAUUUCUCUGCUAAAAUCCCCCACACAUACCAAAAUCCCGUCGAUCAAACCCAAAAAUCCCGAUUAAAAUCAAAACAUCUCCGACCAAUUUCUGCAUUCGCGCCAUUUGCACAACCUUCGCGUCCGUUAUUGAAUUUCUAUUUCAGGAUAAAUGGCUGAAGAGAAAGCGGGAAAGGAAGUUGAUGUGGAGAAGAAGACCCCGAAGAGGGGGUUUUGGUCUCGAGUUUGGAACGGAUUGUUUCGGUCGCAUGGUGAUGAUUUUGAGAAGAGGUUGCAAUAUAUAUGUAACAAAGAGGCCACUUUGAUUGCUAGAAUGAAGAGGAGGUCAUCCCGUUGGAGGGUGAUAGCGCGGGAUUUGAUCAUUCUUUCGGUGUUUCUCGAGGUCAUGGCAUUGGCAUAUGCUAUAGUUACAACAAGAACUGUGGAGUUAGACUGGCAAAUGAGGGCGUUACGAGUUCUACCAAUAUUUCUUUUGCCUGUCUUAGCAUCGUCUUUGUACUGGGCACUUUUUAGCUUCACAAGAAUGCGCGAUAACUGGGAUCAGAAAACUAUCGACAGGCUUCGCGCUGAACGACAAGAAAAAAUUGACGAACUUAAAGAACGGACCAAUUAUUAUAUAACUCAACAACUCAUUCAGAAAUAUGACCCUGAUCCAGCAGCCAAGGCAGCCGCUGCCUCCGUACUCGCGUCAAAACUGGGUGCAGAUUCGGGCCUAAAAUUGUUGUUAGCAGAUAAUUUUCAGCAGCAUUAUUCCGAAGCUACGUGUAAGAGCCACGAUGCUGACCCUACGAAAUCUAGUGGUUUGCGGAAACGGAAUACAUCCGAAACCGCAUCCAAGGGAGGCAAUGACACGGAAAUGAGUCAGUACGGCGAGAGUGACACCGCAUCUGAGGUUUAUCCACAUAAUCAAGUGUUUGUUGAGCAUCAUAGACCUUCACCCGUGUCUCAAGACGGCGGUUGGCUUGCUCGACUUGCACAAUUGCUAGUGGGAGAGGACCCGUCACAAUCUUACGCCCUUAUAUGCGGCAAUUGCCAUAUGCAUAACGGUCUUGCUAGGAAAGAGGAUUUCCCGUUCAUUACGUAUUAUUGUCCACGCUGUCAUGCUUUGAAUAGACCGAGGAACUCGAACCCGAGUUCUCCAAGUACCAGCACUAUUGGUGCUACAUCUCCAACGAUCGAAGGUCUUGAUUCGAUUGGACCGAGUAGUUUGUCCAUGAAAGUAUCCCCUAUCGGCAGUCCUUUGGGGGAUACCAUGAGUGGGAAAGCAUCUGCUACCGGCAGUCCUGUGGGAGAUACCGUGCACGUGAGUGAGAAAGUAUCUGCUGCUAGCAGUCCUGUGGGUGAGGUGGAAGUGAGCGACAAAGAAGUCGCUGAAUGAUCCUUCUAAAGAUGUGUAGUUUUGUGUUGUUUUGAAUAUAUCUGUAUGGCAGGAUUGAGUAGAGCACUGUUGAUAUGCACAGGUCACACGUAGUUAGGAUUUAUUCGAAAUGCUUAUCGUGUUAUAUUACUUUGUUUUGGGACACACACCGUUAUUGUGAGCAUGAGACUGUCGAGGUUUCUUGCUGCGUAUAGACUACUAAACUCGGCAUAUAUUGACAUAGGUGUUGGUGGUUUCAGCUUGUUUUGAUAUCAA